UGGUGAACAGACGUGUGGGCUCUUUGAUUGAAGAAGUCUCUUUUUUUUACAUUUUUUGUUCAUAAACAAAACAACGAAAAUUCUGCAUUGCAAAAAUAGUGUUUACAAAGAAUUGAAGCAAAAACAAAAGCAAGCAAAGCAAAGCAAACAGAGCGCAGCGAACGCGUGGAAACAUCCAGAAAACAAAACCAAAACAACAACAAAACUGUGUGUGCGACGAAAGCGUGUGUGUAAGAAGAAGAAUAACAACAGAAAGAAGUAAGAGAAGCAGCAGAAGAGCAACAGCAACAGCAACAAAAUGGCUUUCAUGAUGCCGGUUAUGAAGAACAACUAUGACAUCUACAAGGACACACGCGGUCGCUCCAGGAAAACAUCGGAGUGCUCGAACGCCAGCAGCAGCGGCACCGGCGGCAACUCAACCUUGGCCAAUGCCAUGGGCACGCCCUCCGCGGGGCAACAGCAGCGACGCCGCAAGGUGUCCGAGUGCAAAUCGGAGAGUUAUGCGACAUCGCCCUCACAUGGUCAGUUGGGCACGGAUAGGGGCACGCAUCGAAUGCAAAUGCAGCGCUGCCACAGCUCACGUGGCUUUACGCGCAAUACAUCGCGCAGCUCUCAGGGCGGCUCCAUGUCGCAAAUGCAAAUGAUGAUGUCGCCCACUCGCUCCAGUCCGCCCAGUCGCACACAAACCGCCUCCGCAUUGGAGCGCCAAGCGGCAGCGCAGGCAACAGCACGGGCAGAGGCGGCGGCAGCACAACAGCAGCAGCAACAGCCGCGCGAGCAGAGCAGCAACGAUUAUACGAAAUUCCAUUUACGUUUGGUGGACAAGCUGCGUAAGUCCUUUCGCAAGGACAGCGGCAAGCGUUCCUGAGAAGACGUUACAGCAACAGCAGCAGCAGCAACAACAACAGCAACAGCCCAGACAUCAACAACAACAAUUACAACAACAGACAGC